AUGGCGAAUUCGAAUCCCGGAAUCGAGAGACUGGUUGGGAGAGAAAAUUGGAGUACUUGGAAAUCCGCCGUACAAACCUAUCUCGAAGUUGAAGAUCUUUGGGAAGCCAUCGAACCUAAGAAAAAUGAAGAUGGAAGUUUGGAAGCGGUGAAUCCUAUCAAGGACAAGAAGGCCAGAGGAAAAAUUAUCUUGUUCCUGGAACCGGCAAAUUUCUACCAUGUACGUGAUGCCAAAACAGCUCGGGAAGCUUCAACGAAGCCCAACAACGCGUUCGAGGAAGGUGGCCUGACGCGGGAAGUUGGUCUGCUUUACAAGCUGAUUCGGACUGACCUAGAAUCGUGCGGAACUAUGGAAGCCUACGCGAACAGGAUAAUAUCGACGUGCCACCAGUUAAACGAAAUUGGAUUCACGAUCCCCGAACGGUUUGUAGGUGUUCUUUUGCUAGCUGGACUUCCUGAGCGAUAUCAACCCAUGGUCAUGGUUCUGAAAAACUCGGGAACAGCUAUAACAGGGGGUUCUAUAAAAACCAUUCUGCUGCAGGAAGAGCUGUUUCCAAGUGAAAAAAACAGCAUUCGUUACUAG